AUGCCUGGUGCUAAGGAGCAGCAGAAACGCCGUUGGCGCCCUGGCACAAAAGCUCUCCGGGAGGUCAGGAACUACCAGAAGACAUUUGACUUCCUGAUUCCGAAGCCCCCAUUCCAGCGACUCUGGAAGGAAAUCUGCGAUGACAUCGACCCCUCCAAGCGCCUGCGCUGGCAGGCGACUGCUAUUAGCGCUCUUCAAGAGUCUUCGGAGUCUCUUCUCUUUGGUGUUUUCGACAAGGUUCUCCCAGCGCUGCAACACAACCUCAACAACUCGUACACCGCAACGAUCGGGAGAUCUCCCAAUGAGGUCGUAUACGGAUUCAAGCCUCGAAGCACUCUCGACGUCAUCGCGGAAAAAGACGCUCCAACCGAGUCUAUCGACGUCAUAAGAAAGAUAUACCAGGACGAGGCAGCGGCUUUGAUCGAUAUAGCGAACUCGCUGAGAAAGGAACGCUACGACAAAAAGCACUCAGACGUCAGAUUCUCCGUUGGCGACGAGGUUUGGAUAAGACUAGGGAAGGGCUUCCACUUACCUGGCCAACGCCAUAACAAGUGGACGUCACGACCAGAGCUCGUCAACGAGUAUGAGGCGAGAUAUCCCGUCGACGCGGAGGUUACACCAACCUACCGCUCCAAGCGACGCCAACAACGAAACAACUAG